GAGGAUGUCAGUCGGGUUGCAGAGGAAAGAUAGGAGGCUACUUAAGGUGCUUGUGCUGUGCUUGGACAAACAGGUCUGCAGACCGAGUUUGAAAGCGUUGUUAUUUGCUUAUUUGUACGUUGUUUUACCUAGAGUAUUCAAUACUGUUAUUAUUUCAAUACGUAAGCGGGAAUAUGAAAAUAUCAUACCAAGAUUAACCCGGAUUUUGAUUAAAGCAAUCCAUCCUUUGAGGUUCCCGAUGUUUUGUGCAAAGCUAGUGGCUGGUAUCAAUUUUUUCGAGCCAUUGGUGUAUCAAUUAUUAAAGGUAAUCAAGAUCAAUCAUCCGGUGCAUAACUUAUUUAUUUCUACAUUAAUGUCAUCGUUUGUAUCUUCAUAUGUUAAUUUCCCAUUAUUUCAAAAACAUAUGGUUACUUAUGGACGGUAUUUAUCUCUUGAUUUAACGCUAUUGGUGGUUACCAGGGCUUGUGAUACCAUUUUAUCUUCUUCGUUAUCGAAAUUGAUUCCAAUUUCAAAAUCUUCUUAUGGAGAUGCACUUCUUUUCAUAAUAUCGAGUUAUUUCAUAAUGUUUUCUUGGUUUUAUUAUCCCGAAACUCUACCUCCAAGCUAUUGUAAUUGGAUUACCUCUGCCGCAAAUAUGGAUCGAGAAAUUGUUAAAAUUUUAAAAGAUUUACGUGAAGGUAAAGUUCGCUACGGUGAAUAUACUUCAGAUUUAUCCGAUUACUGUAUACGGUAUAAUCAGGAUCCAAAACAAGGUGAUCUUGUCACUGAUCAACCUUUGAAAUGUAAAACAGUCCAUGCUUUCCAAACUGAUAACUGUGAAUUACAUGCCUUAUGGAGAUUUGCAAGAGGGUUUAGUUUUGCAAUUAAAAUUUAUGGUCCUUUAAAUCUCUUAAUGUUAUUGACUCCCAAAAAAAAUGUUAAAUUGGCAACUAGAAUCAUAAAAGCAGUAAAAUCCUCAAUAAGGUCUUCUUGUUUCCUUGGUGCUUAUAUAUCAUUUUUCUGGUACUCGGUUUGUCUUGCAAGAACAAGGUUAUUCCCAAUCAUUUUCCCUCAGAUUCCAAAGACUCGUUUUGACGAUACAAUUGCACCUGCGCUAGGGUCAGUCUUGUGUGGGUUCAGUAGUUUUAUUGAGUCUGCUCAAAGAAGAAAAGAAUUGGCCUUGUUUGUUGCUCCAAGAGCCUUAGGUACUCUUAUUUCUUCUAAGCCUUCAAAGCUCAAUUUACAAAUUGAAGCAAUUGCCUUCUCAAUAAGCAUGGCUAUCUUGGUGGCUUUUUGUAAAAAGGAUCCAACCUCAGUUAGAGGUAUAUUCGGUAAAGGGGUUCAGCAGGUUUUCAAUGUUAAUAAUUAUACUUAAACAGACUAUAGAUGGUUAAACUUAAAACAAAUAUACUUACUAAUUAUCACACUUAAACAGACGAUUUAAAUAAACUAUUACCUAUGUUUAAACAAAC